UAGAAUCAAACGAAGUAAAAACCUCCCCCACGUUGCACCGCAAAGUCCACUAAACCCACCGAAACAACAUCCACCACAACCGCGAAAAACCGCUGGUUAAAAAAAAUAAUAAUAAAAUACUAACGAAAAAUCCCCUUCGAACAACCGGCACCGACGAACUCGCCGUACAAAAAAAAAACACACACACACAAAUCGACCGGCGAAAAAUAACAAAACCAGCGAGAACGUCGCGCGUUCGAAUCCUCGAUCCUCGACCAAGUUCUAUUCCGUUCCGUCCAACGCGGCAGCGGAGUCGGCUCGCCGGCUGUUCGUUCAACUUCGCCCGGCCGGCGUGUAGAGAAAUCCGUGGGUUCUGCGACGCCGGUGAGUCACCGGGGCGCCGGCCACGCGCCGGCCACUCGCCCCCUCGAGGAUCCUCCGCGGUCUCGAGUCGCCGGCCGACGAUUUCGCGAUUUCGCUUCAAUCGACUAUACAACGCACGAUCUAUCGUUGUUCAUUAACUCCAUGAUAAAAUGGACGAUGAAACGGGCAUUGAAAGUGCACCAAAUUCAUUCGUUACUCCGUAUCUAACAGCAAAAUGCGUUUUGUACCCGAACUAGUAUAAACCGAUCCGGGUAAUCCCAAGGGCAAGUGCAAGGAAAUAAUAAUGUAAUGUUUGCAUUUCCAAGGGUGUAUUGUCAUUGGAUUCGAACAUUACUCGGCUCGAUUGGGGUGAUUCACUCCCCUACUAGGUAAUUUAUUUAUGGGGACCGUUUGAUUCAUAUACGUUUUUCCCAUAUAAAGUCGGAUUACAACCAGAUAAGCCGAUCGGGCGACAUUCAAGAAAUUUCGCAGGAAAUUUUGGAAUUUUCGUCACGCUCCAAUUAAACCGUUGCGCCAUUCGCGAAUCGCGACGAUUUCCCAAUCGAAUUGCAUCAUUUGUACCGUUCGAUUGCGUGCAAAGUGCACAUAUGGCAACGGAUGCGGCGCAUUUUAGCGUCUCGGCUUGCCCGUUAAAGGAGUGCCCGACUCGAUAUGAACCAAUUAAUGCGAAAUAUCGACGAAAGGUGUCAACGAUCUUUCGCCAAUUCCCAAACAAAAUAUCCCCAAAUCCUCGAAAAAAAAAAACAACGAUGGCAACGCCGCGUCCACAACAGCUUCGAACGUUCGCGCGUCAAACGACAAGCAACCCCCGUCAAAAUGAACGCGAAUUGCUACGGUAAUAAUAGUAACUCGCAGAAGAAGGACUGCGGCUUCGUGUUGCUCACCACGAUGCUGAUCCUCAUCGGCGGCACGACGGCCUUCCUCUUCGGCUACUUCCUGCCGCCGAAGAUCCAGGAGGAGCCGGAGCCGGAGGAGGAGGAGGCGGCGAACAUCAGGCGCUACCCCACGUCGUCGUUGAUCAACCGGGCCGAGCCCAUCGAGCCGCCCACCGACAGCUCCUUCGACGAGUACAACUGGCUGGCGUCGGUCAGCAUGUACAGGUACAAGGACCAGCCCGGCAGCCUCGAGUUCUUCUGCACCGGCACCAUCAUGUCCCCCGAUAAAGUGAUGACGGGCGACGCCUGCCUGAAGGAGUACUUCGACAUGAAGGACCUGAAGGACGCGAUCGUGCGGUCGAGCAGCGCGUACUUCUACGGCGGCGGGCAGAUCCACACCGUCGAGCGCAUCUUCGACAAUCCGAAGCUGAAGCGCCCGUUCAGGAACGUGUUCAUCCUGGAGGUGGUGCCGAACUUCAACGACAACACCAUCAAGCCGGUGAUCGUGGCGGCGGACUCGGUGCUGCGGCCGAGCACGCUCGAAGGGAAGUUCGUGACGCUCGGCUGGGGCGGCGAUCAGGACCAGACCGAGCAGGUGGAGAAGAAGAGGCCGUUCACAUUGCGCGAAUGGUUGCCGGAGAAGUUGACCAAUUGCAAGAGCACGCCUUGCCACAACGCGACCGCCGCUUCGCCAGUGUGCUGCAACCAAGCCAACAUAUCCAACAGGCCUUUGUUGAAAAUCGGACCGGUCAGCGGGAAGGUGCUGGUGAACAUACGCUCAGGCAAUCCGCAAAUCGUGGCCAUUGAAUUGGUGCACGUGUACAAAGGCGAAAGGACCACCGAGUCGGAUUUGGAGUAUUUCAUCGACAUCGGCGACGGGCCGUUCAUCGACUGGAUGAAGACCAUCCUGCCGUCGUCGAUCGAGAAGCCCAACGAGAAGAUCGAGAAGCACCACGAGAGUUCCCUGCCCAUAUACUCCACCUGGCAGACGGAGGAGUACCUCAACGAUUUGAAGUUCGUCGAAAUGUACAAUCCCUUGGCCAAGUACAUCACCGACGUCACCGAGGAAAUACACGAGUAGUUGCGUUUUUUUUCCUUCUAAUGUUAAGUGAAAUGGAAUAGGAGUUGAUAAUAAAAGAAUAAAUAUAUGCGGAGGGUGUUUUAAUGACGCGACACUUAUUUACAUAUGAAUGUAAUUGCACCGUCGUUUCUAAUAAAAACCUGGUUACUCCCCCGAUUGAAC